UCCUUUUACCCCCAAGCUGGACCCGAUCACCUUUGGAAACAACUCUCGAGAAAUGACGAAGCUCAAAUAAAGUUAGCCUGAGGGUCAUGAGUGGAUAAAAAUAGCAGUGGAUCUGAUACUUUCGCAGGUUUCGAACGGCUCAGCGUGUGCGCCCCUCCUCGGUGCUUUUGGUGUGAUGAAUGGUGCGCUACGCCAUGGCUUCUGCUCCACCUGAGGCGAGGAAGUUCACCCGGGGGCUCAACAAACCUGGGACCGCCGCCGAGCUGAGACAAAGUGUGUCGGAAGCUGUCAGAACAUCAGUGUUGGUGGUGAAGCCAAAGAUCAUAGAGCCCCUGGACUAUGAAAAUGUGCUUCUCCAAAGGAAGACUCAGAUCAUCAGUGAUGUUCUACGGGAUAUGCUGCAAUUCCCACAAGAUGAUUUUGAGAUAUGCACCCUUAGGCGCCAGGGCCGGACUGUCUUUUCCACCGUGCCAGAGACUGCAGAGAAAGAAGCUCAGUGUCUGUUUGUGCAGGAGUGUAUCAAGACCUACAAGUCGGACUGGCAUGUGGUCAACUACAAGUACGAGGAGUAUUCAGGGGACUUCCGGCAGCUUCAGAAUAAAGUGCCCAGACCUGAACAGCUCGCCCCCCAUGUUUUUGAAGUUGACGAAGAUGUGGAAAAAGACGAGGACACGGCCUCCCUCGGAUCUCAGAAAGGAGGAGUAUCCAAACAUGGCUGGCUGUACAAAGGCAACAUGAACAGCGCAAUCAGUGUUACUAUGAGGUCUUUUAAGAGGAGGUACUUCCAUCUGGCUCAGCUGGGAGACGGCUCCUAUAACCUGAACUUCUACAAAGACGAGAACACAUCCAAGGAACCCAAAGGAACCAUCUUCUUAGACUCCUGCAUGGGGGUAGUUCAGAACAGCAAAGUGCGGCGCUUUGCUUUUGAGCUGAAGAUGCAGGACAAAAGCACAUUUUUACUGGCCGCAGACAGUGAGGGAGAGAUGGACGAGUGGAUCAGUACACUCAACAAAAUCCUUCACAGCAGUUUCGAGCAGGCCAUGCAGGAGAAGAGAAAUGGAGACAUACACGAUGCAGACGAAGAACACGGAAAAGCAGACAUCUCAUCCGGAAGUUUUCAGGACAGCUUUCAGACCGCCAGAGACAUCGAGUCCAAAAUGAAAAGUGAAGCACGACUCAAACUGUUCACUCUGGACCCUGACACCCAGAAACUAGACAUCUCCGGGAUUGAGCCAGACAUACGGCAAUUCGAGGAAAAGUUCGGGAAGAGAGUUUUGGUCAGCUGCCACGACCUCUCAUUCAACUUACAGGGUUGCGUUGCCGAGAACGAAGAAGGGCCCACUACUAAUGUGGAGCCGUUCUACGUAGUGCUGUCCUUAUUUGACGUCCAAAACAGUAGAAAGAUCUCCGCAGAUUUCCACGUGGACCUGAAUCACCCUUUAGUUCGACAGAUGACCGGUGCAGGUUCGGGGCAGGAUGUUCAAAUCAACGGUGAUCCUCGGGCUCUCCCUGAAGCCGCUCUGCAGUAUCCCAAACAGGGUGUGUUCUCGGUCACAUGUCCACAUCCAGAGAUCUUCCUGGUUGCAAGGAUUGAGAAGGUGCUUCAGGGAGGUAUUACCCACUGCACUGAACCAUACAUGAAGAGUUCAGAUUCAACAAAGAUUGCACAGAAGGUUUUGAAAAAUGCCAAGACAGCAUGCAGCAGACUGGGACAGUAUAGGAUGCCUUUUGCCUGGGCCGCUAGGCCUGUAUUCAAAGACGCAUCAGGGACUUUGGACAAAAGCACUCGGUUUUCAGCUCUCUACAGACAGGACAGCAGCAAGUUGUCAGAUGAGGACAUGUUCAAACUACUCACUGACUUCAGAAAACCGGAGAAGAUGGCCAAACUCCCCGUGCUUUUAGGCAACUUGGAUGUGACAAUCGACAGUGUUGCUCCCGAUGUAACAAAUUGCGUUACUUCUUCUUACAUCCCUGUAAGAAACUUUGAGGGUAAUGGACCAGGCAGCGCUUUGCUAGAAGUUGAAGAAUUUGUCCCUUGCAUUGCCAAAUGUUCCCAACCGUUUACCAUCUACAAAAACCACCUUUAUGUUUACCCAAAGCAUCUCAAAUACGAUGGCCAGAAGUCAUUUGCCAAGGCAAGGAACAUCGCAGUGUGCAUAGAAUUUAAAGACUCUGAUGAGGAUGAAGCACAGCCGCUAAAGUGCAUUUACGGGCGUCCAGGAGGUCCUCUCUUCACAAAACAAGCAUAUGCCGCUGUUCUCCACCACCAGCAGAACCCAGAGUUUUAUGAUGAGAUAAAGAUCGAGCUGCCCACUCAACUGCACGAGAAACACCACCUCCUCUUCACCUUUUAUCAUGUGAGCUGUGACAGUAACAGCAAGAAGAAAGACCUGAUUGAGACUCCAGUGGGAUCUGCUUGGUUACCUUUGCUCAGAGAUGGCAGGGUUAUUAUGAACGAGCAGCUUUUGCCUGUUGCUGCCAAUCUGCCUGCCGGGUAUCUAAGUUCCCAGGACACUGUCACCAAGCACUCAGGCUCAGAGAUCAAGUGGGUUGACAGUGGAAAACCUCUGUUCAAAGUCUCCACUCAUCUUGUCUCUACAGUUUAUACUCAGGAUCAACAUUUGCACAACUUCUUUCACCACUGUCAAAAGAUGAACUUAUCAGAGCAAGCGCUGGAGGGCGAGCUGGUCAAAUACCUCAAGAGCCUUCAUGCAAUGGAGGGGCAUGUCAUGGUCAACUUCCUCCCCACUAUAAUCAACCAGUUGUUUUGUGUGCUAACCAGAGCCACACAUGAAGAUGUAGCAGUCAACGUGACAAGGGUGAUGGUGCAUGUAGUCGCACAGUGCCACGAGGAGGGGCUGGAGCACUAUCUCAGAUCAUACGUCAAGUUCGUGCUGAAACCCGAGCCAUAUUCUGGUUUAAAUGUGAAAACUGUUCAUGAGGAACUAGCAAAAGCGAUGACAGCUAUUUUGAAGCCAUCCACUGAUUUUCUGACAAGUAACAAGCUGCUAAAGCACUCCUGGUAUUUCUUUGAGGCAUUAGUGAAGUCGAUGGCUCAUUAUCUCAUAGAAAGUGGGAAAGUGAAGCUCUCCAGAAACCAGCGUUUUUCAGCCUCCUUCUAUCACGCCGUGGAGACUCUGGUCAACAUGUUGAUGCCUCAUAUCACACAGAAGUACAAGGACAACCUGGAUGCAGCACGCAACGCUAAUCACAGCCUGGCAGUUUUCAUUAAACGCUGCUUCACCUUCAUGGACCGAGGCUUUGUGUUCAAACAAAUUAACAAUUACAUAAACUGCUUUGUACCCGGAGAUCCCAAGACGCUGUAUGAAUUUAAGUUUGAGUUCCUGCGCGUCGUCUGCAGUCAUGAGCACUUUGUUCCACUCAACCUGCCCAUGCCCUUUGGAAAGGGGAGAAUACAAAGGUUCCAGGAUCUCCAACUGGAUUACUCCUUGACUGAUGACUUCUGUCGAAACCACUUCCUGGUGGGCCUGCUGCUGAGGGAGGUGGGCGGGGCUCUCCAGGAGCACAGAGAGAUCCGACAGAUUGCCAUACAGGUGCUCAAAGCUCUGAUGAUCAAACACACAUUCGAUGACCGCUAUGCUGCAAAAAGCCACCAGGCCCGGCUGGCCACUCUGUACCUCCCUAUGUUUGGACUGCUUCAGGAGAAUGUCCACAGGUUGGACAUGAAAGACCUGCCCCCUUUCAGUCACCACAGUAAUCCCAGAGAGGACUCACUGGUGCCAAAUGCUAUGGUGACGCCGCACAAACCUGGCAGUUGUAUAGAAAAUGCUCUCCACAAAGAUGUAUUUGGGGUUAUCUCUGGAACAGCCUCUCCCCAUAGCUCCACUCCAAAUAUCAGCUCUGUUCAUGCAGACUCCAGAGGCUCCCUCAUCUCCACUGACUCUGGGAACAGCCUGUUGGACAAAAGCAGUGACAGAACCAACUCACUUGAAAAGAACCAGUGUGCGUCGGCCCUGGGUAGCACCAUGCUUCGCUGCGAUAAGCUGGACAGAGACGAGAUCAGAAACCUGCUCAUGUGUUUUCUACAUAUACUCAAAAGCAUGUCAGAGGAGGCUCUUUUUGCAUACUGGAACAAAGCUGCUCCCUCAGACCUAAUGGACUUCUUUACACUAUUAGAAGUAUGUCUUCAUCAGUUUCGAUAUAUGGGCAAAAGAUUCAUCGCCAGGAGCCAGGACGGUACAAGCCUGUUGACUCCAGAUAAGAAGUCUUUAACUCUGCCCGUGUCUCGAAACAGGGCAGGGCUUCUGCACGCACGCCUACAGCAGCUGGGAACACCUGACGCACACACCUUCAAUAACAUGUACUCUCACGCUGAAGCAGACGUGAGCAGCCAGUGUCUCCUCGAGGCCAAUGUGUCCACAGAGGUGUGUCUUACAGUACUGGACACUCUCAGCAUCUUUAUUAUGGGCUUCAAGACACAGUUGACCUCUGACCUCGGGCACAACCCUCUCAUGAAGAAAGUUUUCCAGGUCCAUCUGUGUUUUCUGCAAAUUCCACAAUCAGAAACAGCGCUCAAACACAUCUUCACCUCCCUCAGGACUUUCAUCUACAAGUUUCCCUGUACGUUCUUUGAUGGCCGUGCAGACAUGUGUGCCUCUCUGUGCUAUGAAAUCCUCAAGUGCUGUAAUUCCAAGCUCAGCUCUAUCCGAAGCGACGCAGCUCAUCUGCUCUACUUCCUCAUGAAAAGCAACUUCGACUACACCGGCCGCAAGUCCUUUGUACGAACGCACCUGCAGGUGGUCAUUGCUGUGAGCCAACUGAUUGCAGAUGUGAUUGGGAUCGGUGGCACCCGAUUCCAACAGUCCCUGUCCAUUAUAAACAACUGUGCCAACAGUGACAAGAAUAUCAAGCAUACAGCGUUCCCCUCCGAUGUAAAGGACUUGAUGAAGCGCAUUCGGACAGUUCUGAUGGCCACAGAGCAGAUGAAGGAGCACGAGAAUGACCCUGAGAUGUUGGUAGAUCUUCAGUACAGUUUGGCCAAGUCCUACACCAGCACACCUGAACUCCGCAAGACUUGGCUGGACAGCAUGGCCCGUAUUCACAAUAAGAAUGGAGAUUUAUCAGAGGCAGCUAUGUGUUACGUGCAUGUGGCAGCUCUUGUGGCUGAGUAUUUGUGGAGAAAAGGCAUGUUCAGACAGGGCUGUGCUGCUUUCCGGGUCAUCACCCCGAACAUAGACGAGGAGGCGGCCAUGAUGGAGGACGUGGGAAUGCAGGACGUUCACUUCAAUGAGGAGGUGCUGAUGGAGCUGCUGGAGGAGUGUGCGGACGGUCUUUGGAAAGCUGAGCGUUAUGAACUAAUCGCAGAUGUCUACAGACUUAUAAUACCCAUCUAUGAACAGAGGAGAGACUUUGAGAAACUGACACAUCUGUAUGAUACAUUGCAUCGCGCCUACACCAAAGUCAUAGAAGUGAUGCAUUCUGGGAAAAGACUGCUGGGGACAUACUUCAGAGUGGCCUUCUUUGGGCAGGGUUUCUUUGAGGAUGAAGAUGGGAAGGAGUACAUCUACAAAGAGCCUAAAUUCACUCCACUCUCUGAGAUUUCCCAGAGGCUGCUCAAGCUCUACUCUGACAAGUUUGGCCAAGAAAAUGUCAAAAUAAUCCAAGACUCUGGCAAGGUGAACCCAAAGGAUCUAGAUUCGAAGUAUGCUUACAUCCAAGUUACCCAUGUCACUCCUUAUCUGGAUGAUAAAGAGCUGGAAGAUCGUAAAACAGAUUUCGAGAAAAGCCACAAUAUCCGAAGAUUUGUUUUUGAGACACCUUUUACCGUGUCGGGGAAGAAGCAAGGAGGAGUAGAUGAGCAGUGCAAGCGAAGGACCAUUCUCACAACCACCCACUGUUUUCCAUAUGUGAAGAAGCGAAUAGCUGUGAUGUACCAGCACCAGACUGACCUAAGCCCUAUCGAAGUGGCUAUUGAUGAGAUGAGCGCCAAGGUUGCUGAACUUCGCCUGCUUUGUUCCGCCUCUGAGGUUGACAUGAUAAAACUGCAACUAAAACUACAAGGCAGCAUCAGUGUCCAGGUGAAUGCUGGACCACUUGCAUACGCCAGAGCUUUUCUAGAUGACAGCAGUGCCAAGAAAUACCCGGACAACAAGGUUAAACAGUUAAAGGAAGUAUUCAGGCAGUUUGUAGAUGCCUGUGGUCAAGCUUUGGGAGUGAAUGAGCGGUUAAUCAAAGAGGAUCAGCAGGAGUACCAUGACGAGAUGAAGGCCAACUACAGAGACCUGACCAGGGAGCUGUCCAACAUCAUGCAUGAACAGAUUUUCCCAGUAGAAGAUGGCUCCCGAAAUGCCCUAUCGGACUCAAUGGGUAUCUUCAAUGCUAUCAGUGGCACUCCAACCAGUGCUAACCCACACGGCUCCACCACCAUACUCUGAUAUAUAGAAGAUGGGGAAUCAUCUGCCAAUCAAAUCAUUUUUUUUACCCUGGCAUAUUCCUACAGCUGGAAAAGAAGAAGACAAUUGUUUCCUAUGGAGACUUUUUAGAAAUUGAGAAAUGGGCUAUAAUAUAUAUCUUAUUUUGUCUUACUGUUUUUAAUCCUGAUGUUGUUGAACACAUGUAGUGACUAAGCAAAAUAAGCAAGCUAAGAGAAAGUGUGUUAUCUAAAUGGUCCUGGCUUCCCUGACUCCACCCUGUAAACACGAUACAAAGGUCAAAAUACAUGGACUGCUUUAGCAUUUGUAGUAUUACAUCUUUUUAUUGUAAAUGCAUAAUAUUUUUUACACAUUUCCUAGUUCUGCUCCUCCAUGGGUUGUGUGCAGUGAAUUUUUUUAUCUUUCCGAUGGAUUUAUUGCUAUUUUUAAGCCAAUUGAUGUUUGUUUUAUAAAGCCAAGCAAAGUACAUCAUUUUAAAAUAUUUUCUGUAAAAGAAAUUUGUGCAAUAUUUUAAUGUUACCAAGGCGACAGUACCUACCUAUGCUCUUGCCAAAGACAUCAGAAUAGACUGUGCAAUGCUAGGCGCAACAUUUGCAAUCUAUUGUGUUCAUAGAUAAAAUGACUUUUAUCACUAUUAAAAGGAUAGUUUUACGUAUUGGUUGUAAAUAUGGUUAUGACUUAUAAAUAAAGAAAACAAUA